AUGGAGGAAUAUACUCAGUGUUUCAAUCUGACAUCUGAGCAUAAAAGCCACAAGGCAUCAGAAGACAAAAAGCUGGAGUUGAGGCUUGGUCCUCCAGGAGAAACAUUCCUUGGUUACAAGACCAAUCCCACCACUCAUGGAGCCAAGAGAGUGCUUCAACACUCAGUUGGAGCAAAGACGUCAGAGGGAAACUGGUUUAAAGAUAACAAUGAAAAGCAAUGCAAGAAGUUCUCAUGUUAUGAAGAAGCUGAGAAGGUAUUCUCUUCUCCAUGGUUAAGUAGCUCUUUACCUCCUUCAACCUUUCACAGGGAGGCCCAGAAGGAGUUACAGCAGCCUAAGCCUUCAUUUCUUCAGUGCUGUAGAGUGGAAGAGUUACAGUACCCACAUAAGGUGGCCUGUUCUACCCCCGCUACUGCUAGUGCUUCAUUUUCUGCCACCACAGCUGGGACCAAUAGCUGUCAUAAAAGAGAUGCAGUUGCACCAGUAGUUGGGUGGCCUCCAAUCCGGUCGUGCAGGAAAAAUCUUGCAAGUUGCAGUACAUCAAAGAUGGGGUCUGAGUUACCAAAUAGAACUCCAGAAGAAGGGAGUAUCUUAAAACCUGACAGUUUCAGAAAUGACUUGUUUGUAAAGAUCAAUAUGGAAGGAGUUCCUAUUGGAAGAAAAAUAAACCUCAAUGCCUAUGACAGUUAUGAGAAACUCUCUGUUGCCAUAGAUGAACUCUUCAGAGGUCUUCUUGCAGCUCAAAGAGAAACUGGUGAUACUAGUAAUGAAAACAAGAUGGAUGAAGCAAAUGCAAAUGUAGGUUCAGUUUCCGGAAGCAGGGAAUACACUCUCGUUUAUGAGGACAUUGAAGGAGACAGGAUUCUCGUUGGAGAUGUUCCUUGGCAUAUGUUUGUAUCUACAGCGAAGAGACUGCGCGUACUGAAGAGUGCUGAGAAAGGACUUAUAGUGGAUCUUUGGCCAUUUCAGUUUCAGUUGUGGAGAAAUAUCCACAGAAUGAAGCCUGGCUUGGGUUUCCCAAAUUGCAUCAAGUGGCAAUCCUUUCAUAAAAAGUCUACCUUCCUUUUAUUUCCUGAAGCUGAAGAAGAAAAUUGCAAACUUCCCUUUUCUGUCACCACUCGGAGACCGAACCUCUCAGGUUAUUUUCUUCAAGAUCUUGAUGGCACUUGGAAAACCUGGGAGUUCAACCAAGAUUGGUUUAAUUCCUCCACAAUGCUCAUCAAAAUUAGAGGUGGCUCAAGCAAAGGCAGGAGGUUCAGUGAAUUCAACAGAAUGGAAGCAGAAACCCAACUAAUGAUGCUAAAACUGGUGCAUAAGAAAGGAAGUGAAUUACUCAUGCUGGCUAUCACAGGGUAUUCUAGUGGUCUUCGCGUAAAACUUUGCAAGAAUGUCAAUUGGGAUCUCUGGAGUAGACCCAAACACAGCAUUUGCAAUAGUAAUGACACCUGGGUUUUGACUGCUCGAGGCAGCAAGGGCAACAGCAUUGCCAUGUCCCACAUUUCUUUGGAAGUGAACAUGAUUGAUUGGGAAUACAAGCAGAUCACCCUUUUUUGUAAGACCUUGGUGAUGAGACGGUUUUCAGGGUUAGAUGUAACAAAUCCAACUUCAAAACUUCCUUCAAUGACUGUCAAUAUUCGAGGGUGUGUCAGGAGUCUGGUGGUUGGUUGCAUGGAAAUCUUGGAGGAGCAUAGUGAUUCUGCUACUAUUGCUGCCGACGGUAUUAAAGGUGCCGAACGGUCGAGGGACGGUUGUGAUGGUGGAACUGCAUGGACUGCAAGUGCACAUAUAAUCACAGCAAUUAUUGGUUCUGGAGUUCUCUCAUUAGCCUGGGCUAUAGCACAGCUUGGAUGGAUCACUGGCAUAGGCACUCUCUUGCUUUUCUCAUUCAUCACUCUUUAUACUUCCACCCUUCUAGCAGAUUGCUACAGAUUUCCAGAUCCAGUCACCGGAAAGAGAAAUCACACCUAUAUGGAAGCUGUCAAAGCCAACUUAGGGGGAAAAACGUACAAGGUUUGUGGAUUGGUCCAAUAUACUUACAUUAGUGGACUGGCGGUUGGAUAUACUAUCACAACUUCUAUAAGCAUGGUGGCUGUGUUUAAAUCAAAUUGUUUUCACAAGAAGGGUCAUGGAGCUGCUUGCGAGCAUUCGUAUAAUCCAUACAUGAUAGCAAUGGGGAUUAUUGAAAUUCUAUUGUCUCAGAUACCGAACCUCCACAAGAUGUCUUGGCUAUCCGUUACUGCAGCAAUCAUGUCUUUUGGGUACGCAUCAAUCGGAAUGGGGCUGUCACUUGCAAAGGUUGUUUCAGGGCAAGGAGCAAAAACCACUCUAACAGGAGUGGAAGUUGGAGUGGAUCAGUUAACUGCUUCAGAUAAAGUUUGGACGAUGUUUAGAGCUAUUGGCGAUAUGGCGUUUGCUUGCACAUAUGCUGAAAUUCUGAUUGAAAUCCAAGACACGCUCAAGUCAUCACCACCUGAGAACAAGGUGAUGAAGAAAGCCAACAUGAUAGCUAUUUUGACAUCAACAGCUUUCUACAUGAUGUGUGGUUGCCUUGGCUAUGCUGCAAUGGGAAACCAUGCACCUGGCAACAUGCUGACCGGCUUUGGCUUUUAUGAGCCUUUCUGGUUAAUUGACUUGGCUAAUAUUUUCACUAUUGUGCAUCUACUGGGAGCCUAUCAGGUAUUAUCCCAACCAGUUUUCGGUGCAUUGGAGACCUGGGGUAGCAUGUUGUGGCCUGAUUCAAAGUUUGUAACCACCGAGCACUCAAUAAGGAUAGGGAAGUACAUAAAUUUUAGGGUCAACUUGCAAAGAUUAACAUGGAGAACAGUAUACGUGGUGGUGGUAACUGUGCUUGCCAUGGCAUUCCCCUUCUUCAACGACUUCCUGGCACUCCUUGGAGCGAUUGGGUAUUGGCCAAUGACAGUAUAUUUUCCUGUGGAGAUGUACAUUGCUCAAAGGAAGAUUCAACGACGAUCAAUCAAAUGGUUUGUUCUCCAGCUUUUGAACUUGGUUUGCUUACUUGUUGCCAUAGCUGCAGCAUGUGGUGCCAUUCAAGGAUUGAAUCAUGCUCUUCGAAACUCUAAGCCCUUCAACUUUUAA